GGCGGCCUGGCCACACCAAGUCGUUGGGACCGUUCUGGAUUUAUGCGCGGAAUGUCGCUCGAAAGCCAAUGCCCGUCUCGGUAACACCACCCAUAGACCAGCAUAGCACCGAAACUUGACGACGAUGUCGACGUCGAGCUUCGGGAUAAAACCCCAGAUAUGCCUUCAGCUGUAUCCUCAACGGUUUCCCUUCAUUCCAUCCAUCAUAUCAAAGCCUGUCAUACCUCUCGCCUUGUUCUCCUUCUGCGAUAGACUGUCGACUCCGUGAAGUCGCACCAGACCCCAACGACGAUAACAAUAACAACAAGAGGGAAGAUGGCUGAAAAAUCCACAGAUCCCGCGCAUGUCGAGGCCGUCGCUUCGAAGGCCCACGACUCCGAGUCCAUGUCCAACCUGAAGUCUGCCGUAGUCACAGCAGCCAACCAGCAGGAGCACGAACUCACCCUGGCCGAUCUCUUCCGCAGCCAUAAGUCCGUAGUCUGGUGGUGCUUUUUUUGGGCCAUGGCCGCAGUAGGAUGGGGCUUCGACGCUCAGGUGAACGGUGCCAUGAUCUCCGUCGCCUCCUUCCGCCGAGAUUUCGGCUAUAUUGAAAACGGCGACGCGGUCCUCCCCGCAUCGUGGCAGACCGCAUUCAACUGCAUCAGCACCGUAGGCCAAUUCUUCGGCGGCUUCGCCUGCUCCUGGCUUGCCGACCGGACCGGCCGCAAGGCAGCUCUCCUCGCCGGCAUCAUCCUCUGCACAGGCGGCUGCAUUGGCGAGGUUCUGUCCACCGCACGCGGCGCCUUCCUCGCGUCCAAGCUGAUCCUCGGCUUCGGCCUUGGCUUCUACCUUACCGUCGCGCCCCUGGCCUGCAGCGAACUGGCGCCCCUUGCGCUGCGUGGCUCCGCCACGGCAGGCGUCAACCUCGGCGUCGCGAUCGGCCAGCUCCUUUCCAACGCCGUUGUCAAGGGCUUCGGUGAGCGGGACGACCGCUGGGCGUACCGCGCCCCCUUCGCCAUCCAGCUCUUCUUUACCGCCUUUCUGCUCCUCGGCCUGCCGUUCUCGCCCGAGAGCCCGUGGUAUCUGGCGCGCAAGGGAAUGCGCGAGCGCGCCACGGCUUCGCUGCGCACGCUGUACGGGCGCGGCUACGACGUGGACAAGGGCCUGGCCAUGUUGGAUGCCACGAUCCGGGAGGAAGCCAUGAUGAGCGACGACACCGAGACGAGCUUCCUCGACUGUUUCCGUGGCACCAACCGGCUUCGCACGGGCAUCUCGACGGGCGUGUUUCUCUGCCAGCACAUGGUCGGUAUCAUUUUCGUGCUCGGCUACUCCACCUACUUCUUCCAGCUAGCAGGUGUCGACCCGUCCAACAGCUUCAACCUCGGCGUCGGUGUCACGGCGUGCGGCGUGUUGGGCAACGUCCUCAGCUGGUUCGUCGUGGAACGCUUUGGCCGCCGCAGCAUCUUCCUGUCCGGUAUGGCCACGCUGACCGCCAUCCUGCUUCUCAUCGGCAUCAUGGACGUGGUUCAGACGAGCGCGGCAAAAUGGGUUCAGGCGGCUGUGACCGUCGUCUAUGCGUUUGUGUACUUCUUGACCAUCGGCGCUAUGGCGUUUGCCAUCCUGGGCGAGGCGUCCAGCACGGUGCUGCGGGCCAAGACCAUUUCCCUGGCCACGGCCACCCAGGCCCUGUGUGGGAUCGCCAUGAACUUUGCCAUCCCAUACAUGGUCAACCCGGACGAGGGGAACCUCAAGGGUAAGGUCGGCUUUAUCUUUGGCGGUCUUGCACUGUUGGCAACGGUUGGUAGCUACUUUUAUGUUCCGGAGCUCAAGGGUAAGACGUUUGAUGAGAUUGAUCGGCUGUUUGCUGCCAAGGUGCCACCGAGGGAGAUGGGACGGAUGUGAAAGGUUUUUGGAAGAUGGAGUCUGUGAUUGGGAGCUUGGCAAUAGGGUUGAUCUGAAUCGGGUGGUUAACGUUAGUGCCGUAGGCUCUAUAGGCGCCUUAAAUCGUAUUUC